AGAAAGAGAGAGAGAGAGGGGGGGGGGGAGAGGAAGAAUGAGAAGAAGAUCUCUGAAGAUUUUUUCGAUCAAAGAGCACGAUCAGCAAAACGGAUCGUUUGUUUUUCGAUCGGCUUUUGUUCCUCGAUCGAGGAUUCGCCACGAGAAGAAACGUCCGCCUCGAUCAAUUAGAACCGCUAUAUCGAUCUUACGCGAUAUCAGAAGAAAAUGAUUACGAUUUCGUUGUUUUUUUCGAAAGGGAAGGUAAACAAAUAUUAUCGUACCGUAUUCCUCGAUCUUCCUUCUUCGAGUUUCUCGUAAAAUGUGGAUGCGUUCUGGGUUCGGAUCCAAGCGUGGGAUCGACGUUUCCUCUCUUCCCUCCUCUUUAUAUUUCUUUCUCUCUCGGAGUUGCCACGGUGAUCGUCGGCCGCCGGCCGCUUCGUUCUUCUUCGACAGCCGCGAAGAUGGCGUUCACGGUGCGAUCCUUCGAUUUUCAAGAUUUCAGCGUGCGUGCAUGGAUAAAGAGAGAGAGAGAGAGAGAGAGAGAGAGGGCGGAAAGGGAAGAAAGAGUGAGUAAGCGAGAGAGAGAGAGAGAGAGAGAGAGAAAAAGGGGUAUGCGCGUCUAUACGACGUGUAUACUGCAUUGCGUCGACGACCUAUUUUGCAAGGAUGGGAGGGCGAUAAGUCGCGCGCGCUACUAACGUUCAACGAUCGAUCACUAAACGUUACGAGUAAUCGUUCCUUUUAUACGAGGCCUUUCUGUGCUUGAUCAUCGAAAAUAAUUUUCAACGAGAAGAAAUCCGACAUCUUUCUUCUACGAUCUCGAUUCUAACAGGAUCGAUUCUAUCCUUCUAAUGUUUCCUUACUUCUACGUCUAAUUUCUUUUCGAAAUAAUCUCACGUAUCUAAUCGUUAGGGUUAUUCGUAAGAUAGAGAUUGAUUGAUUGAACAAAAAUCAUAUUUUCUGUGUUAAUCUUUAUACGUUUGGAAAAAAAAAUCUGCCAUUGUAGACGCUUUAAAAUAAUUGAAAAAAUAUAUAUCUAUACCUUCCACAGUAAUAAAGAUCUAUCGUUUUCUUCUUAUAUCUUUAUAUUCGUAUUUUAUAUCCGAUCGAUGUUAAUAGAGAUGUUUAGCGUUGCGUGAAUUUUUCAACAAUCUUCGAACAAGCUUCGAUCCUUUUGACGAUUUUACGAUAUUUCGAAUUGAGAUCUCGUGUCCCUGUGUCAGCGGGUCACGUGACCCAGGGAUCACGUGGCGCUGUUUCAUCAGCCACCAGGAGGCGCUAUUGUAGUUUUGAUUAAACACUAUGACGAGGAUCUGUUUGCUUCAUAAAUACACAACUACGUUUGUCAACUCGUCUUGCAUCCUUAGGUCAAAUAUUAAAAUGUCAUUAUGACUGGAGUAGAAAAAUUUACACUGUCGAAGGAUGGACCAUUCUUUAAUUAACAUAAGCUACGAUUUUCCGCGUAACAUGUAGCGAGUCGACCCACUUUACGAAUAGAUCAUUAUUCUUCGUCGACGAACGUUGCUUGACCAUGAUUUCAUCGAUAUAACAAGUGUUCUUCGAAGUGUCUAUUCUCCUUCGAAGAAAAAUUGUGAUAUUUUCACAUUGAGAGCUAAUACACGGCCGUUAAAAAAAAAAAACUCAAAACGUACGAGAAUAUAGAGUCUGGUGUUCAUUUUCCUUGAGAAUGUCGUGGGUCCUUACGUCGUUCAAAUACGUGCAUUUAGUGAACGAUUUAAUUAGGUUAAGUUGACUAAUGACUCGAAUUUUUUAUCGUAACAUGAUUUACCUAUGGAGAACCUGAUGAAUUGAUUGUCAAAUGCAUGUUUUUUGUCUGACAAAUAUUGAUUACAAAAGUACCUAAGAUUAUCAGGAACCAAGAUGAACUAUGGUUGUGCAUUUAUUGAUAUUUUACAUGAUGAAGACUCAAUGUGUGUGAUAAACUUCUUACAAAGAUCUCUACUGUACUUGCUUGUAUAUAUCAAGAAUAUUUAGAGUGAAAGUUAAUUGUUGAUCAAUAUGCCGCACGUGACUAGAAAAUGGGAAUUAUUUCCUGGUCGAAAUCGUUUUUGUUGCGAUGGCAGGGUGAUGAUGGCACCACAAACAGGUGUUUUCUAUGUUACAGUGUGUUUGGUAGCUGGUACAAGUGGAUUGUUCUUUGCCUUUGAUUGUCCAUUUUUGGCUGUGCAUAUAACACCUGCAAUCCCGGUAAUAGGUGGAUUAUUAUUCGUAUUUGUAAUGUCUGCCUUGUUUCGAACAAGCUUUAGUGAUCCUGGUGUUAUUCCAAGAGCAACACCUGAUGAAGCUGCUUAUAUAGAAAAACAGAUUGAAGUACCAAAUAAUGGUAAUUCUAAAACAUAUAGACCACCUCCAAGAACGAAAGAAGUAUUGGUACGAGGACAGCCCGUAAAGUUAAAAUAUUGCUUUACUUGUAAGAUAUUUAGACCACCAAGAGCCUCGCACUGUAGCUUAUGCGAUAAUUGUGUAGAAAGAUUUGAUCAUCAUUGUCCGUGGGUUGGCAAUUGUGUUGGUAGAAGAAAUUAUAGAUAUUUUUAUGCUUUUAUAGUUUCUUUAGCAUUCCUAUGUGUUUUUAUAUUUGCCUGUGCUGUUACACAUUUAAUAAUGCUUACAAGAGAUGACAGACCAUUUUUAGAAGCUGUCAGAUUAUCUCCUGGUAGUGUCAUUGUAGGAGUGAUAUGUUUUUUUUCCGCUUGGAGUAUUUUGGGUCUUGCUGGCUUUCACACAUAUUUAGCCACGAGUAAUCAGACAACUAAUGAAGACAUCAAAGGUUCUUUCACAAGUAAAAUCGGCCAAGAGAGUUUUAAUCCUUAUAGUCGAGGAAAUAUUUGCGGAAAUUGUUUUUAUGUCUUAUGCGGUCCUUCACCUCCAAGUUUAAUUGAUCGUAGAGGAAUAGUUACACCCGAGUAUCGUGCAGAACAGGAACGAGUUUCUGAUGAAAAUGUGAUAGCUAAUAAUAAGUCAUAUGGAACUGUAAAGAUUGUGCAACCACAGUCCAAUGGAACAGGCAUGCAGACAAAUGUUCCCACAGAACUUACGGAUUCUAUGAACAAUCUUGUUACUGGUCGAUACUCUCCAAGAUUAGAAUCUAUUAAUGGUAGUACUACGAAUAGUGUAAGUCAGCUAGUUACCAACGAAGUACCAUUAGCAUCGCUCAAUAUUGCUCCAAUUGAUAUUGACGAAAUUGCUCCACUUCCUCCGCGUCCAAAUGUUGCGGUUUCUUCUACAUUGGAUACCACUUCAAUACCAUCAGUAACUGUGACUACUCCAUUGUCUGCAUCCAGGCUUAGAUUAUUGCAAGACACGACUAUGAUCGAAUCUGCUUUAGAUUUAGAUUCAUUGGAAGAUGCAAGUGUUGGUAGAGGAAGCCAAGUAGGCCUUAUCAAAAUGGGAGCAGUAUCAUAAUUCAAUCUAUUUUUAUUAUUAACUUAAUUUACACAUACAUUACACAGACAUUUUUUUCAUUUGAUAAAUAGAAAAAAAUUUUUCUUUUUUUUUUAGCAUUAUAUUGGAGUAUUUACCAGUUAUUAUACAUACACACAUCACAUACAGAUAUAUAGAUAUCACAUAUAUAUAUAUAUUUUUUUUAAAUAUAUAUAUAUAUAUAUAUAUAUAUAUAUAUAUAUAUAUAUAUAUAUUUAGAAAUGAUAUCAAACUUUAGGCCUAUUUGUAUGAUAUAUAAGUAUGUGUAGUAAUUGCAGUGAAUUAGUAAGUGUUGUUCUCUACAAUCAAAGAUUACCAAUUUUUGUGAUUUAUACAAAAUAGUAGAUUCGAAAAUAUUAAAAAAAAAAAAAAAAAAAAAAAGCUCAAUUUUAUAUCUCAUAGCCACAGGGACCUGGAUACAAUAUUAACAUUAAACUGAUAAUAGUUUUUCUUAUUCAUAUUUACAUAUUAUAUUAGGUUAAUCAUAAUGAAACAUACACACACAUAUAUAUAUAUAAACUGAACGGAUACAGAUGUUUACAAACAUUUCUUGAUGAUUUCUGUGGCAAACUGGUAUUUUUUAAAUUCAUUGAAGCGGCACUAUUUACUACUUACAUUUAAUUACUCUAACUUUUUUAUUUUUUAUACAAAUAUUGGCUCUUAUGACAGAUUAGUACAUGUUUAUACAAAUUUUCUGAUUUGCGCUUCUUAUAUGCACUUAUAGUAUUGAUUGUUACACUUUGUGGAGUGCAUAUAUAAGAUUAAGUGUAAGUAUGACACACAAAUGUUUACUAUUGAACUUUUUUAUGAUAACACUUCAAAAUGAUGUCUUUCCAAUAGAAUUACUGUGUACAGUGUAAAAAUAAUUUGUAAAUACAAUAAGAAUAAGCAUAAUAAUAUAAAAUUUAAGCAUUUAAAAAAUUUACUAAAAUGAUGCCCUGUUGGUAUCAAGCAUUUAAAAAAAAUAGAAAUAAUAUGAUUACCACUGCCUUAUUUAUGAAUAACUUUAUUAAUAACAGCAUCUUGUUAUUUGAUUUGGCAUGGUCAUGGAACAUAUUAUUUACAUAGAUAGUUAAAUACUAAAUGAUAUAUGAGGAAUAUUAUAUUAUAUAUAAUGUAUAUUACAUAAAAAAAAUUGCAAUUACAA